AUGCUGCUGCCCCGACUGCUUCCCCUGCUCUGGGUGUGUGAGUGGAUAUCUGGAAACGACUUUCUUCUCCCUGGAAGCUGGGAAGACAUGGAACAUACACAUGGGACAUUUGAGCUGAAAUUGCAGUCCAGCCUUGUGACAGUGCAGGAGGGUCUGUGUGCUCUUGUGCCCUGUACAUUCUUUGAGCCCUUUUUGAAACCAAGUUCAGACACUGUCUUUGGCUACUGGUUCCGUGCAGGAGCGAAUACAGACACUGAUUUACCAGUGGCUACAAACAACCCAAAUAAAUCGGUGCAGAAGACUCAGAGCCAGUUCCACCUCUUUGGGGACCCAAGUACCAAUGACUGCUCGCUGGACAUCAGAGAUGCACAGAGGAGUGACAGCGGUUCCUACUUCUUCAGGAUGGAAAAAGAGAGUGUCAAAUGGAAUUACUACAUGAAUGAGCUCUCUGUGGAUGUGACAGCCCUCACUCACACCCCCAGCAUUGAAAUCCCACAGACGUUGAAGCUUGGCCAUCCUAGUAAAGUGACAUGCUCUGUGCCUUGGGCCUGUGAGCGGGGGACACCUCCCAUCUUCUCCUGGAUGUCAGCUGCCAUCACAUCCCUGGGCCCCAGGACCACCUUUUCCUCGGUGCUGACCCUCACACCCAGGCUCCAGGACCAUGGCACCAACCUCAUCUGUCAAGUGACCUUCCCGGGAGCUAAUGUGACUGUUCAAAAGACUGUCCAGAUCAAUGUCACCUAUACUCCACAGAACUCCACAACCCAUGUCUCUGGAGGAGCUGGCCCAGGGAAAUCAGGGCCCCUGGCAGAAGUGGUUCUGGUGGCCAUGGGAGAGGCUGCUAUCAAACUCCUGAUUCUUGGGAUCUGCUUCCUCUUCCUCAGCAUGAAAUCCCAAAGGAAGAAAGUGGAGCAGCCAGCAACCCAGGUGGAUUACACAGAAACUGUCAUGGAUUAG